AUGCAUAACAACAGUAGCAACAACAACAACAAUAACAUUAACAUAAAACAGGGAAGAACCUUUAACAUCCUCAUUGGCUGCACAGGCAGUGUUGCCUCUCUCAAAAUUCCAAAACUUGUUGAGGAACUGCUUGCAAGCAAAUACAAAGUUUGUGUAAAGAUUGUGACCACAAAGCAUGCACAGCACUUCUUUGAUAAGAACGUCCUCCCUGUUGAAAUAUUCUGCGAUGAAGAUGAGUGGACAACAUGGAAGAGUGUGGAGGACCCAAUCUUGCACAUUGAGUUACGAAGAUGGGCUGACAUCCUGGUUAUAGCUCCUCUUGAUGCCAACACACUGGGCAAGAUUGCAUGUGGUCUCUGUGACAAUCUGCUGACGUGCAUAGUGAGGGCCUGGCAGCCUGACAAGCCCCUAUUGUUUGCCCCUGCCAUGAACACAAUGAUGUGGAACCAUCCAAUCACAGCCAACCAGGUGCAGGCACUCAAAAGUUUUGGGUACAAGGAGAUACCAUGCAUUGAGAAGGUUCUUGCUUGUAGAGACAAAGGUCUUGGAGCAAUGGCAGAGACGGCAACGAUCGUGAAGAAAGUUGAGGAGCACUUAGAGAAAAUGUCAUCCAAUCAUUAUUAUUACUUCUACUGA